CGUAUCCUUCUCUGCCUCCCCUUCAUUCCCUCAUCUCAUAUUUUCGCCUCCUACCAACACCACCACCACUACGGGGGUCCAAGUGCCCGCAAACUGGACUUGAAGCUGCUUAUACCCAAGCCCGCAGAAGUGAAAUGUUUGUCCAUGCUCCCGUCGGAGAUAGAGUAAAGUGA